CAAGUACCAGUAGUAUCGCUAUUCGCUUGUAAAGUACUGUUAUAGACUAUAGUCAAUAGUAGUAUCAAUUUGUAUAGUGAUUAUAUCAUUUUGCUACAUUUUUUUAAAAAAAUUCUAUCCAAUAUUGGAAGAAAUGGCGGUACGCAGAGCAAGUCAUGCUGGAAGCUGGUAUUCUGACUCCGCAAAAGAACUUAACAAUCAACUAGAGAAUUGGUUAGGAGCAGCCGAUCUUACACAUGGACCUGCCAGAGCCAUUAUAGCUCCUCACGCUGGUUAUCAAUAUUGUGGAGCAUGUGCAGCAUUUGCUUAUCGUCAAAUAAGUCCAUUUGUGGUCCAACGAAUUUUUAUAUUGGGUCCUUCUCACAAUGUUCGUCUCUCUGGGUGUGCUUUGUCAAGUGCUGUAAAAUACAGAACACCGUUCUAUGAUUUACAAAUAGAUAGUGAAGUUUAUGAAGAACUUGAAUCAACUGGGAAAUUUGAGCGAAUGAGCUUGAAAGUAGAUGAAGACGAACACAGCAUGGAAAUGCAAUUACCAUAUAUUGCCAAAGUGAUGCAAGAUUACAAGGAUAAAUUCACCAUUGUGCCAGUAAUGGUUGGCUCAUUAAGCACAGACAAAGAAGCACUGUAUGGACAAAUUUUUUCAAAAUAUUUGGCAGACCCGACUAAUUUAUUUGUGAUUUCCUCUGACUUUUGCCAUUGGGGUCAACGUUUUCGUUACACUUUUUACGAACGUUCUUGGGGCGAGAUUCAUCGAUGUAUUGAAACAUUAGAUCACAAGGGCAUGGAAAUUAUUGAAACUUUAAAGCCAGCAGCAUUUGUCGAAUAUUUGAAGACUUAUUCAAACACUAUAUGUGGCAGACAUCCCAUUAGCGUUUUAUUACAGGCUGCCAGCCAUCUACAAAAGUCUUCAUCUAAUCAGCAAAAUAUGAUACUCAAAUUUCUCAAGUACGCCCAAUCAAGUCAAUGCUACAACAUGAGUGAUUCUUCUGUGAGUUACGCAUCUGCUUCGCUCAUAUUUGAAUAGCAAUAUUCAAUUAUUAACUUGUGAUGCAAUUUUAGAUUCAUAAAAUAAAUGUAUAUAAGUUUUUAAUAAUCAUUUACGGUGAAAAAACAAAUGUAUUUUAAUCGUUGUAAAAAAUGAUUUAAGUAUCACUUUACAAAUGUUUUUCAUGGUAAAAUCUAAAAAUCAAUAUUUUUUUUACUUAAAAAUUUGUAUUUGUUUAUAUAACUACUAUAAAACAAUGGGAAAAGGUAUUAUGACUGAUCAUUAGGUAAAAUAUAUAUAUAUAUAAUAUAAAUUAAGAAACAAUAAUUAUAAAUAAACUCAUUAAAAGCUCAAUUUUCUGUUUCAA